UCGACGCCACAUCACGUGCCGCGGGUAGCGCCGGUCGCCGCGCAAGCGCAUACAACAUGAACUGUUUUGUCAACUAAAUCCGAUCUAACCUAAACCUAAUCUCAUUAGCUUUACUACCAUUAUUAACUCCCAGUGACCUGUGAUACGAGAUUUUUCAAACUUACUAUAAGAAAAUGAACCCUCGAACGGAAUGGAGCUCAUGAUUUCAGUGUGUUUAUGUCCAUCAUCAGUGAUUAGUGAUAGUGAUCGACAUUUGAGUGAUAAGCAUCUGAUAAGAACACUUGAGAUAAGGGCAGCAUGAGCCGGCCAAGGCUGAUCGCGGCCGCGUGAAGUCUUCACGAGGAUGAGACUGAACUCGCUUCGAUCGCAGCAAUCGAGCGAAUAAGAGACUGACUGUUGAAAUGCGGAUAGCAGAGUGGACUCUGAGUGCGUGUGUAUAAAAGCGAUGCAUGGUGUGUGAGGCCGGAGCGAGCAUGGACAUGAGCGGAGAGGGCGGCGGCGCAGGCGGCGGCGGCGCGGGCGCGCUGCAGCAGCGCUGGUACGACAGCCGCGUCAACGGCAGCCCGGCCGCGGCCGACGCCGGCGCCGACAACAACGGCGACUUCUUCCACUCGCCGCUCGAGGGCGGCCACCACAGCCGCGCCCGCUACUACCACCAGCAGAUGCACCCCUCCUACUCGGCCGCCGUCUCCUCGCACGGUCGAACGUUAAGCGGCGGCAGCGGGCAGGUGUGCAGGCCACACUUCCACACGCCGCUGCACCCCUGGCUGGAGUCGAAGGCGCUCGGCGGCGGCGCGUGGGGCGGCGGCUUUCAGCAGGACGCUGCGCCCAGCGACAAGCCGCUGUCGCCCGCACAGCACCACCACCCCCAUCCCCUCUUCUCCUUCCCCCCUACCCCGCCCAAGGACUCUACGCCCGACUCGGUGGCGGCCGCGGCGCUAGGCCAGCAGGACUACCAGGCCGCCGUCGCGCACGCCACCGCCAUGAGCGUCGCCUUCAUGCAGCAGCAGCAGGAGCUCCCUCUCUGCGGCGACGUCAAGCCCAUGAUGGGCGCGCCCCCCUCCAAGCAGCGCGAAGGUGCGCAGCCGGAGUGCCCCCAGGAGUCGAGCCAGCCCUCCGGGGAAUACAACGCGCAGUACAACGCCGCCGGCGGCGACUACUACAACUACCAGGGGAAGGGGUUUAGCGGGGCGCAGCAGCAGAGCAAGCCGCGCCCCAACAAGACGCGGACGAGCGCCGAGGGUCGCGAGUGCGUGAACUGCGGAGCGACAAGUACGCCGCUGUGGCGACGGGACGGCACGGGACACUACCUCUGCAACGCCUGCGGACUCUACUACAAGAUGAACGGCCAGAACCGUCCGCUAAUCAAGCCCAAGCGAAGAUUGGUGAGUUCGCUACAGAGCGCGGCGCGGCGGGCAGGCACCUCGUGUGCCAACUGCAAGACCACCACCACGACGCUGUGGAGACGGAACCAGAACGGGGAGCCCGUCUGCAACGCCUGCGGACUGUAUUACAAGCUGCAUAAUGUAAACCGACCGCUGACGAUGAAGAAGGAAGGCAUACAGACGAGGAACCGCAAGUUGAGUAGUAAGAGCAAGAAGAAGAAGGGCGGUAUGGGCAUGGGAGGGGGAGGCGCCUGCGCACUGGCUCUCGGCGGCGUCAUGGGAGACAUGAUCAAGCCGCUAGGAGACGCUACGAAGGGCUUCGGAGGUUCUGCCUUCCCCUCUGCUAUGGACUUCGGUCAGCACCAAGUAGGCUUGGUGCACCCGGCGGCGGCGCACAUGUCGCACUGGUACGGCGCGCCGCAUCAGGGCUUCGCCCCACCCCCCACCUCGCACAACCCCUACCACCACCACCACCUCGCGCAACUCAACUCUAUGACCGGCUGGAGGAGUGAAUACACGUGAUAAGUGUACCAAACUGGAGAGCCUCAAGCUAUACAUAAUGUGAAUUAUACGAGUACAUGGCCGUCCCAGGACGAUACAGAUCAGGAGCGACAAGCUGUGAUCACUCCCCGGUCGACCCACUUUGACACAUCACAUAAUAAUUAUAAGACUGUCGAACAGAAUUGAUGUUUGUAAGUUUAUACAAACGAUAAUUUUACGCAUCAGUUUGAAUUGAUUGAACAUAUCUGUUGCCAGUCGACGUGUACCAGUCGUUGCCCAGAAAGACUUUAUAUUCCGUGAUCAGUUCCCUACAAGUAUUAAACUAUAAGAGUGUUUUACAAUUAGCGAAAUUGUACAGUAUUAUAUUAUUAGUUAAGCUCGGUAACGAACUCUAGACGAUUUAUACAUGUAAGUAUAGUUCAAAACAUAAUUUUCUGUGUAUUUUGUACAUAUCGUUUAUUAAGUUAUAUUCCGUUCCUGUAUAAAUUGUUUUAUUUUUUUUUUGUAUUUAAUUUGAAUAUUUCGGUUCGCUAUAGGGAUUGUGAUGUGUUCAGAGAGUUAUUCCAGAAUUGUACAUUUUAUUUGUGUAGUUGGUAUUAAAUGAAAUGCAAUAGUAAUUUAUGUAAUAGUUAUAAAUCAUUGGAUAUGUAAAUAAUAGCCGUUUCAAAUAGUGAUAUUGACUGUAUGCAGAACUGAAUUGUGGAUAUCAACCUUAUGUUUCAUUUAACGGGUCACGUGAUUCGAUACAUUUGUCUAGAACUAAUUGAAAUUGAUAACAGAAGUUGUAAUAUAUAAAAGAUUUUGUAUUACUUUACCGUUGUAAAAUUAAGAUAUUGAGUGGCCAUAAAUUAAUGUGGGUUUGUGUUUGUAGAUGACCAAGAUAAGUACAAAAUUACAUCAAUAUUUAGAUUAUGUUUGUCACCUGGUUAAUAUUGAUUAUAAUAAGUUAAAAGGAAUUUUAAAUGAAUCACCUUUUCGUCAUAAUAAAGCAGAAAUAGUUUGAACAGCUUAUAUUGUUUUGUCUACAAACACAAACCCAAACCCGAAAAUGUACAUAUGGAAAUGUAAAUGAAAUCUGUAGGAAAUAAAUGAAAGAUUCAUAAUAAGAUUAUCAGAAAUAAUGUAAAUUAGCGAUCAAUGCAGCAACAGCCUAUAACGAUAUCCCGUACCUAAAGUUUUUAGUUUAUAAAACAAAACAUUGUGAAGUUGUGUAUUUUAAAUAAAAUGUGAAUAAAUUAUCAAUAUUGAUAUUA